AUGCUUGGUUAUCGCUCAUUCUCGACCUCGUCGGUUUCCCUAAAGGUGGGAUGUGCCAUGGUCAAGCCUGUGCACCACCGUGUUAAAGUGAUCAAGAAGCUGCUAUCGCCCAGGUUUCCCGAGCUCAAGCUCUCGCCAACGGAUCCCAGAUCGCCAAAGUUCAGACCAGAAAUCACACACCAGGACAGAGUCCAGGAACACAUUCACAAUACACUGAGAUCCGAUUUGAUGCUGAUCAAUUACAUUCACGGUGAGAAGCCUGCUGAAGGUCUCAAGCGCAGACAGUGGGACUUCACAUCUCCAUACCACAUCAACCGUCCAGCAAGGCCCCCAAAGGGCGAAAAGGUACCAACACCAACAAUUAUGCCUCAGAGCUGGAAGAACGUUCCUGGAAUCGAGAAGGUGGUAGUGCACUCGUUCGUGGCCAACUGUACCUCUGACCCAAAGCUGAACAUCGGGGUCAGUUUGCAACUGCAACAGAUAACAGGCGUCAAACCUCAAUCCGUUUAUGCUAAAACCAAUUUGCCAUCAUUUGGAUUACGUAAAGGAGUCAAGAUGGGUGCUAAGGUUGAACUCACUGGAAGAGACGCUUCGCAGUUUUUGUCGACUCUAACGGAACUGGUGCUUCCACGCAUCACAACGUUUGAGGGUAUCUCCAACAGAGCUGGAAGCAGAUACGGAACGGUUUCUUUUGGUUUGAAACCCGAGGAUGUUCUUUACUUCCCAGAGAUCUACUACAAUCAGGACGCAUGGGCCAAGCGUUUUGGAAUGGACAUUACCAUACACACCACUGCACAGCUGGAUCGUGAGGCCAGACAACUGUUGAGUGGACUUGGAUUGCCUUUUGUCGGUACUGAAAGGGAGCCUAAACUUACUAGGUAA